UAGUGGCUAGAAAGAUCUUGUAAAAGUUUGCAGAAAUCGCUUUAUAAAAAAAAUCAUUAGUUAAGGGAAAUAACUCUAUAUUGGCUAUCCCCAGACGUCAAGAAGAGUAGUUUCCAAACUUUCGCACUUGUGAUCGAAAAGUUGCUGAACAUUUGAGUAAUUGGAAAACAAACAAUUAGAAAUCUAGCUGUCACAUUGUGAUGCAUAUAUAGUCAUAAUGGAGAACGACUCAAAUAGUUACGAAAUUUCAAAGAUGGCUGGUCAGCUGAAAGAAGUGAGAGAAAAUUACAACAGCCUGUUGAAUGAGUGGCAGAAACUCCAGUGUGUUUUGAAGAAUGAGCAGAACUGGAAGGACUGCAUGAUGGUUCACAAAGAUGACAUGUCACAACUCGCCACGGAGGCAUCACAAUUGAAGGCGAACCUGCCGAAAAUUAUCAACAACAAUUACGUGACUACAAUCACACAGUUUCCUGCAAAGGAAGAAGAAAUAGCGGUAUUGAAGAAAUCCAAUGAUCAACUGAAGAGUGAAUGUCAGAUGUGGAAGUCGAAGUUUGAGGCGUCGAUCAGUGAUUGCCAGAAAGAGAAAAAGGAAAAUCUUCAACUUCGGUGUGACCUUCAGGAGCUGUCUGAGCAGUUAAGCCAGCAGUCUGACUUCUGCUCCAGUCUCGGGUCUGCGUGCUGCACACUGCUGUGGAGAGUCUCACGCUGUGAGGAGAGCAUACAGGCAAUAUUAGUCGGGACGAAGGUGGAUGAGUUUCUGUGUAUUGUGAGCAGCACGCUGGAGAGUUACGUCUCGGCAUACAAGGAGGACUGGCCCCAAGAACAGAGCGAAGAACUCAGCUUUAUCCUCGCCUUGUGUGGGGUGAUAACCAAUGUGGCGGCUUCAGCUUUCGGACGCGAUUUCUUGGUUAGUAAUGAAAAUGGCCGACAUCUUAUAGACACGUUUGUGUCCUUCCUAACAGAAGCACCACUGAAGAAAAGUGCACGACUGAAAAACCUUCUUUUGAUGACGCUCUACAAUCUGAGCAUCAACCAAAAGGGACAGAAGUACAUUUGUUCAAAGCAAGGAAUCAUGGGAUUGCUUUCGUGGCAUCUGCAAGAGGAGACCGAUGAAGAGAACCGACUGAAUACCCUGCGAGUUCUGCUGUCGCUCGUGUCGGAUGAGAAGAACGUGGCAAUCCUGCACGCUCUGAACGAAGUGCUUCCGACAUCGUUUCUACAACAGCUGACAGUGUGUCGCAACCGAGAGAUUCAGGAACUGUCACUGGAACUGAUCCUGGACAUGAGGCAACUCACAAGUGAACAGUAACCACGGAAACACGUCACA